AUGCAUGGGAUUUUGUCAUUGACGGCGCUGGCAGGUGUGGUUGCUACAGCAUCAUGUUCUAUUGUCCCAAUCCUCGAGGACUCUGUCCGCGCGGUUCUGUCUCACGCGCCGGAAGCCCCCGCGGCACCAGGCCCGCUGACGAAUGAGCUUUUUGUGCCGCCGUGGUUGCUUGAGCUUCUUGUCUCAGGAACAAUCCCCGCGACGAGUUCAUCGGAAGCCAUCACGCCCGAUCCUACCACCACUCCUACUGAGGAGACAAGCAGUAGUACGAGCACAUUGACAAGCACGACUACAAGCUCUUCCAGUACUCAAGUGCCCGACACCGCAAGCUCAAUCAGCAGCACAACCAGCAAACCUACAGCUCCUCCGAUCCCCAGCCCGGGUGUGCAAGCACCGGCUACAAAGACAUGUCCUGGCACCACAAAGCAGUCCGCGGGAACUUACUGGCUGGACGAACAAGAUCAUACGGAAGCCGGUGCUGGCUAUGCGCCGUACGCCGGCGGCUCCAAAGUCUACCCUGUAUAUCGUAAUGUAUUGACCUACGGAGCCCAGAACGAUGGCUCCGGCGACCAAACGGCAAAGAUCCAAAAAGCGAUCGAGGACGAUGGCAAUGGCGGCAGCCGCAAGGGCCAGGGUGUGACUCGUUAUCCGGCAGAGAUCUUUCUCCCAGCCGGUGUCUACCAGCUCGAGAGCACGCUCUACUUGACUGUAGGAACGAUCAUCGUCGGUGAUCCACAAAACCCGCCCAUUAUUCGAGCUGGUCCGAACUUUAACGGCCAGUUCCUGGUUAUGGGAUACGAUCAAUCAAGUGGACACCCGGAGACAAGCUUCAUGACCCUGGUCAAGAACGUGAUCCUGGAUACAACGGGAGCGUCUGGUCUGACGAAUGUUGAGAUUCGGAUGCCGACCAACUCGAAGACUCAUACUGGUAUUGAUAUAAACGCUGGCUCUACGAUCGCGAUUACGGAUGUGACUAUCACCGGUGGCGCGACUGGUAUCAUCAACUCGAACCAGCAGGUCAACUUCAAGAACGUUUACUUCAGGUCCUGCGGCACCGCAUUUGAUGCGAAGGGCGGGUGGACGGUCCUGCUGCAGGGCGCCACUUUUGAAUCAUGUGGGCAUGGCAUCAAUAUGACUAGCAAUGCCCUUGGCAGUUUGGUCCUCCUAGACUCUGUUUCAACAGGCUCCGGCCCUGUCGUGAAUUUCCACGACUCCUCGCACGAUAACGGAUACCAAAACAGCCAACUCCUGAUCCAGAACCUGAACCACGACACCAAUAAUCCGAUUGCCGUAGGCAGUGACGGACAGGUCCAUCUCGCUGCCACAAAUCAUGUUGACACCUGGCUAUGGGGGUCGCUUGUCGAGGGCUCUUACGAAACUGGUGCUACGCAUUCCACUCAGCGAUCUGCCGCUUUGCUCGCGAAUGACAAGUUCUUCACGAAGAAACAGCCUACCUAUGCCGAACACAGCAAAGAGGACAUUGUCAACGUCAAGGCCGUACCAGGAUUCACCGUCAAGGGCGAUGGCCAGACAGAUGACACAGCUGCGUUGAACGCAAUCCUCCUCCAGAAUGCCAACAACUUGAUCUCUGGCUUCGGCCCAAACUUCAAGGAUGAGAACAGUCCCAAACCAGUAGUCCGCGUUGGCAAUCCUGGCGACGUCGGCGUGAUUGAGAUCCAAGAUAUGCGAUUCAGCGUGGCUGAGAUCCUCCCCGGAGCCAAGAUCAUCGAGGUCAACGCCGCUGGUUCCCAACCCGGAGACGUCGGUCUCUGGAAUACCAUGGCUCUGGUGGGAGGAACAGCCGACACAAGUAUAUCUACCAAGUGCACGUCACAAGACACCAAGAACUGCAUGGCGGCAUUCAUGGUCAUGCAUCUCACAGCCACCUCCUCGGCCUACAUCGAGAACUUCUGGGGCUGGACAGCCGACCACAACCUCGACGGCGGGUCCGCUCUCACAGUCAUUUCCACAGGCCGGGGUAUCCUCGUCGAGGCGACCAAGGGGACAUGGCUCACAGGCACCGGGUCCGAACACCACUGGCUGUACAACUAUAACUUCAACCGCGCCAGCAACGUCUACGCGGGCCUCCUACAAACCGAAACCCCCUAUAUGCAGGGAACCGGCGAGUCAGAAAUGGCCCCGGCCCCGUGGACCGCAGAAGCAGCCCUGGGAGACCCAGAUUUCACCUGGUGUGGCCCGAGCGACGCUAAAUGCCGCACUUCACUCGCGACAAACAUCCAAGGAGGAUCCGACAUCGCGCUGUACAAUUCUGCAGCGUGGGCGUUCUUCGACGGCGAAUGGAACGGGCUGUACAACGAGCCCUGCGAGGGCAAGUGCCAGUCCAACAUGAUGCGCGUAGCGGGCAACCCGCAGAACCUGGUGUGGUACUCGAUCAGCACGCGGGAGACAGAUGUGAUGGUGUUGGACGACAAGUCUAAUCCCCGUGAGGCUGAUCAUCCCGGUGGAUGGGAGGGGAUCAUCCAGGUCUACGGGGAAUUCUCUGCGUGA